CCCAAGAACUCGACAACCACGAAAUCAACCGUCAUAAGGCUACAGACACUGCCAGCCAUUUCCUGCCUCUAAAAGAAACACUCUUUUUAGCAUUUUAAGGCAAACACGAGCAGGCUUUGUGCUUUUAUAUUUUACUAUAUUUUUUAUAAAGAUAUAGGCUUCAUUUUUCUUAACAAGAAGGACAGAAAAUGUCUUACUCCGCGCAGGAGAGAAGGUCUGGCGUUCAGCUGGUGAGCGCGCUGCUGCUAAUGCUCUCGCUCUCCGGUUGUUCAAGCAUGGACGUAAUUGUGGCCAGUAGCAUUAAUGCACUAAAUGGAACAACGGUAAAAAUCUCUUGUGUGUUCACUUCCUGCUAUAAGAUGGAUGUUACAAAGUUUGCCAUGAAUUGGACCUACCAAGAAACACUCAACGAUACACAGGAACUGUUUAUGACAUACUAUAAGAAAAGGGGAAUGGUGCCUCUUCGAUCAGAACGGUUCGGAGAAAGGGUCAUGUUUGCUGGGAACCUGGAUAAGAAUGACCUGUCAAUCACUCUAUCAAAUGUUCAACUGGAGGAUGAGGGUAUUUACAACUGCUAUGUGAGAAACCCCCCAGACCGCAUCCAGGGACAUGGUAUCAUACAGCUUAAUGUUGUCACAGAACUCCCACCUCCAAGGGAUUCAACCAUUGCGGUUGCCAUUGGGGCUUCUGUGGGAGGAGCAUUAGCACUGCUGAUCCUUUCCAUGGUGGUUGUGAAAUGUCUCCGUCGACACAGGAAACAGGAACUCAUUUCAGAGGAAAAAAUGGAGGAGGAGGGGAAACUGGAGGCUGAAGGUGUUGCAGAAGAAGGAACCAAGCAACCAUAAUGGAUCAUGUGGUUAAACCAGAAGCCUGUGGAGCUCCCAAAACCCUGGCAUAUCCAUCCCUUCUUGAGGAUCUAUAGUAAUCACA